CCCAUCAAGGCUCCUGAGUCUGUAUCCACUAUAAUUACAGCAGAAUCAAUCUUUUAUAAGGGUGUGUACUAUCAAAUUGGAGAUGUUGUUUCAGUGGUUGAUGAGCAGGAUGGAAAAACAUACUACGCUCAGAUCCGUGGGUUUAUUCAGGACCAAUACUGUGAAAAGAGUGCUGCACUCACCUGGCUCAUUCCUACACAAGCCAGCCCCAAAGAUUGUUUUGACCCAGCAUCCUAUAUCAUAGGACCAGAAGAAGACCUCCCAAGGAAAAUGGAAUAUUUAGAAUUUGUUUGUCAUGCACCUUCAGAAUAUUUCAAAUCUCGAUCAUCUCCCUUCCCCACUGUUCCCACAAGACCAGAGAAGGGCUAUAUAUGGACUCAUGUGGGACCUACUCCUGCAAUCUCCAUUAAAGAAACUGUUACCAAUAAUUUAUAGUUUUUUAAAGAAUACUUUGGACGAGCUACUUUGGGUGUAUUCUCAGGUCUGUGAACCCCAUACAAGAAGUUUAAAAGAAUUAUAAAAUGUUCAUUUUACUUUAUGGAUUAUGGCAUUUAUUUAUUUUAAAUUAUAUCAGAUUUUUAAAGUGGAAGUUUUAUUUCCAUUUGAUGCGUCCAUUUGUGUGCUCUGUUCUUCAGACAGGAUUGCUCAUUUUGGCACAAAACCAGAUCUUCAGCUUUG